CUUCAGUUUCUUCACAUACGAACAAACCGUCGCACGACCGUCGUCGCGCGACGGCAGCUUAGGAUGAAAAAGCUUCGCUUUGCCGCGACAAACCGUUGGCGCCAGCUGCUCCCGGCGGAAAACGUUAGCACGUUAAGUGACGCGAAUUUGAGUAGUUGUAGUUAACGCGAAUGGUGGGUUUGACCUAAGUUUCGGUAUCGAAUAAUCCAUGCGUUUGGUCUGCUCCGGACUGGAUACGCUUCUGUCUUCGGUCUCACUUGGCUUGCAUAUGCAAGGUUGAUACUCGUGACGGUACUUUAUCCUGGCUCGUAACAUUCCGUUCUCAUCCGGAGAAAGAGAGAAAUAGGUGUAUGUGGCCGAUUUUUUUUAACCUUGAAUCCGAACUUGCAGAUUUCAGCGAUGCAGUACAAAUCUCGAGUUAACAGACUGACGACAGUCACGUCGUGGAAUCCCCGAUUGGCUCCGCCGUGGAAAGCCACGGACGGCCACGAUGAAGCCUUACCAGCACCCAGCAGGCUGUGCGAUGUGACUGUAGCGAGCGCAGAGGUUCCUCGGGACGCUCGUUACAUGUGCGACCGUACGGAAGACAGAGCCAAUGAGCUCGAGAGGCGAAAUCAACGGUUCAUUGCAGCCCUGGCUGAGGCGGAUCCGACGUUCGACCCUGCGAAGCAAACCCUCAUGGCGUCCCAGACUAGUGUGAUGGCAGUGGGUCGCGUUGUCUGCGAUGCAGAAGCUGCAUCGGCACGCCUCAACGACUCCUCAGUGCUCCUGGAAGGCUGCAUCGACCCCUGCCAAGGCGUGCGAGUGCGCCUGGACCUGCGCCAUCUGCCGUCUUUCUCGCUCUUCCCAGGGCAGAUCCUGGCCGUUGAAGGCAGCAACCCCAGCGGCUACUGCCUCGUUGCCAAGCGGAUCGUCGCUUCCCUGCCGUACCAGCCCGAGCCGAGCCUGACAGGCUCGGGGGAGCAGGCCCGGCGGCGACCGAAGCGGGCGAAAAUGGAAGGGGUGGGAAGGAAGAGGAAAGGGGGGCGGAAGGUGGAAGGGGAAAUGGAAGAGGGGGGAGUGAAGGGAGGAGAGGAAGGGGCUGGAGAGAAGGGAGGGGAGAGAGGGAAGGCAGGGAAGGAAAAGGGGGAAGUUAAGGUAAAGAAAGAAGGCAAGGUAGAUGCGCUUCCUUUUGGGCUUGGGGAGGUGAUAGCGCUGGAUGAGAUCGAAGAGAUGAGGACGUUAGAUGGUGGUCAGGAUGUUGUGGGAGAGAACAGCGUUGUGGAGGGAGAGGGAGUGGUGACGCAGGAGGAGAAGGAGGAGGAGCGAAAGGAGAUCAAAGUCGAGGUUGGUGCUGUUGUUGAUGGUGGUGGUGAUGCUGGUGGUGGUGGUAGGGAUGGGAAGGGUGAAGUGGGGAGAGAGGAAAAGGGCGGGAAGAGUGCUAGUGUGCAAGAGGACGUGGGAGGAGGAGGGGUCAAGGAUGAGCCUGAGGGUAUGGAGACAGAACGGUUCGGGAAGGUGGAGAGUGGUGGUGCUGCUGUUAAGGCCGAGAGCGAAGUGGAGGAGGAUGAGGAAGACGAAGAGAUCAGGAUUAUUGCUGCAGCAGGCCCCUUCACCACCAUUGACUCGUGGUCAUUCGAGCCCCUUAAAGAUCUCAUCAAAUUCGCUUUGCAACAACCACCAGAUGUGCUGCUGCUGAUGGGCCCUUUCAUCGAUCGCGAGCAUCCGGAUGCGCGGGACGGCUGUGUGGAGCAGACCUACGAGGCCCUGUUCCAACAACAUAUUCGCACACAGAUCGAGGACUACUGUGAGCGAGCAGGGGGGACGUGCAAGGUGCUAUUGCUGCCAUCACUCAGAGAUGCACACCACACCAUGAUCUUUCCGCAGCCUCCCUUCGACUCGUCUGACUUUGAAGACCCCCGCAAGCAGAUCCUGACUCUUGGAAAUCCUUCCGCCUUUACUUUGGAUAGAGAGAUCAGCAUUGCCUGCACGUCCACUGACAUUCUCCGCCACCUCAGCAAGGAGGAGAUCGCCCGUGUGGUGCCCGGAGACAGUGCCACGUCAGACCGCAUGGCCAGGCUGGCGGCGCACGUGGUUGGCCAGCGGAGCUUCUACCCGCUCUUCCCGCCCCCCCCUGCCACCCCUCUCGACCUCUCCUGCUGCCCCCAAGCCCUGGAUCUCCCCUUCGCCCCUAACCUCCUCUUCCUGCCAUCCGACCUCGUCCCUUUUGUCAAGGUAUUACCUCAGCCUUCGCUGCCACAACAAACCUCUGAACAAGAACAGCAACAACAGCACCAGCAGCAGCAGCCAGCGAUUCCUACAGCUGUGACAGUGCCCCCCCCUGUACUGCCAUCUAAUGCCGACUCAGCUAUUCCAGCUGCAGAAAAAGCGCAAACCGAAGCGCAAAUGUCGAAGCCAGAAGCAGCUGCAGCAACAGCACCAGCAGUUUCGACACCUGCACCACCACCGUCAGAAGCAGCAGCAGCAGCAGCAGCAGCAGCAGCAGCAGCACAUGAAGCAGGCGGAGCAGGUUUGAUGUUUCAGCCCAUGUGCAUUAACCCCGGUCAUCUGGCCAAGGGGUCUGGAGGGGGGACGUUUGCCGAGGUGAUUAUCAAAGGGGGGUUUGGUGGAGGAGAGGAUGUGGCUCCUUUUCAUGAAAGAACUGCUGUCCACAUAUAUCGUGUCUAGUUUGAUGUUAAUUGCAGGUAGUUUCAACUUUAGGUAAUUCGACUUCAUAUCUUUCAAAAUCUACCAUACUAAAAUGAUGCAGACCAGCCCCGCUGCAGCAGACCGUCGGCUGUUUGUUCCUCUUAUCGCUUCCUCCCCCCUCUUUGCCGUUCUGUUCGGUUUGCCGUUUUCCUGCUCCCGUGGCUGCAUCUGUUCGCAGUUUUUCGUCCGCCCUGCCUGUUCACCAGCAUGUGCAUGCUCACAGCUCAAUCGCCAUUGCAUUCCUCCUGGCGUGCUAAGAGCGUGUCCAACCAUCGGCUGGAUCCACACGUGCUGGCUCCGUAAAGUACUGUAGACACGUGGACUCCACACAGAGCGGAGUUGGCCUCUGGCCGGUGUCGCCGCCGGUUUCGCUCCAACAAAUCUAGAUCCACCAGAUCGGGAUUCGGGAUUCAGGAGGAACCUGGAAGAAGCGGCAACGCCGAUCAGAGGUCGAGUUGGCCUCUGGCCACGUGGCGCGUGGCUGCCAGCAGUCAAAUUGUAUCGCAUCCUGACGUCAGAUGCAGCCUUAGGAAUGCCGGGCUGCUACUGUUGACUAUUCUGCCGCCAAUCCCGAUUCCACUGCUGUAAUUCCGAUCCUGCCGCUGAUCAGCCAGCAGCAACCGCCCGUGGCGCCUGAAACGACGCGCGAUCCAUCCAAUUGCGUCGCUAGCACCCUACCUUGAUUCGAUCAGC